UUAGAAUCAACGUCAACUUUUUUUUUUUUGUCAACAAAUCAACGUCAACUAAACCGAAGAUUGUGUAUAGCAUACAACGACGACGUCCACGAAUUGUUUAGUAACGACUAAAGAGAGAGAAGCCGAAAUGACCAGAUUACCCUCUUUCGCCGCCGCUGUCGUCGUCUUCUUCCUACUCACCGCUGCUACUCUGACGGUAGCGGAGAUAAAGUCUCUCGUUAUCUCCGAUGACUCUCGGCCGGUAAUUCUCUUCGAGAAGUUCGGGUUUACUCAGACCGGUCAUGUAACCGUCUCGAUUAGCUCUGUAUCAGUAUCUUCUUCUCCGAGUACAGAGUCGUCGAAACUAGGGUUCUUACUUAUAUCGGAAGAAUCGCUUCUUAAGAUACUCUUCGAGAUCCAGAGAAACCCUAGAUUCUGCAUCCUUGAUUCCAACUACAUCAUCCAUCUCUUCGCCUUCCGUAACCGGUCUCAGUUCGAUCAUUCCUAUUCGAUAACGUUCCCGAGCGAGUACUCUCUCUUCUUCGUGAAUUGCGUACCGGAAAGUACAGUUUCGAUGAAGAUCCGAACGGAGAUGUACAAUCAAGAUUCGGACGGGUCAAAGGUUUACUUACCGCCCGGUUCAACUCAGUUACCCGGUUUGUAUCUCUUCUUCUCCCUUUGCUACUUGACUUUCUUGGGUCUCUGGCUCUGUUUCGGCUACAACAGCACGCAAAGGAUCCACCUUUUUAUGGCUGCUCUGCUUUUAGUGAAAUCUCUGACUCUGAUAAGUGCCGCUGUGUAUCAACACUACGUGAAAGUCACAGGCACUGCUCAUGGCUGGAACAUUGUUUUCUACAUUUUCCAAUUCGUCAACGUCGUUCUGCUCUUCACGGUGAUUGUUCUAAUCGGAAACGGUUGGUCUUUCUUGCAACGGAAGCUACAAGGAAAAGAGAAGAAGCUGUUGAUGAUCGUUGUUCCGCUUCAGGUUUUAGCCAGCAUUGCUUCGAUUGUGAUUGGAGAGACUGGACCUUUCAUCGAGAAUUGGGUGAUUUGGAACCAGUUCUUCUUGCUCGCUGAUACAUCUUGCUGUUCCACGAUUGUAAUCGUUAUGGUUAGGUCGAUGUGUAGUACCCGAAGAGAGACAUCAAAGAAACCCGAUGGGAAAGCGGUUAAGAACUUAGCCAAGUUACCACUUUUUAGGAGAUUCUACGUUUUGGUAAUUGUGUAUUUUUUCUUCACGAGGAUCGUCGUCUUUGCUUUGAAGAUUAAAGUGGAUUAUAAGUAUCAGUGGGUGAGCAAUGCAGCUGAGGAAAUUGCAAGUCUUGCGUUUUGUAGUUUGAUGUUCUAUAUGUUUACUAGGCCAAUGGAGAUGAAUGUGGACUAUCUUGAUAGUGAUGGUGAAGAAGAAGAAGAAGAAACUGCCGAGCUUUCCCUCAAGAAACAAGAGUUUGGGCUCUGAUGAAACAAUCUGCUUCUUGCUAUGUGUGUGUUUUAAGUUUUAAACCUGUGAUAAGGAGGAGUGUACCUUGCUCUCGUAUACGGUAGCUUAAGGCCUAAUUAGACCCUUUUUGUUAGUAAAGAAAGCCAGUAUAUCAUGUGACAUGUGGAACUUAAUCUUUGUAAAUUCGUAAUUUUCUGUUGAAUAUACAUACUCGUAAA